AUGGCGGACGAAAAUUCCGAAAAAUUUCUCCGAGAGAAGCAUAUCAAGUUUUUCUGCCGAUGUUUACAGGUUUUACCUGAUAGAUAUGCUUCAUUGGAUACAAGCAGGAUGACUGUUGCAUUUUUUGGUCUGUCGGGUCUGGACUUACUAAAUGGACUUGAUGCCAUUGAGAAGGACAAAGAGAAUAUCAUAGACUGGAUCUACUCCCUUCAAGUAUUGCCUGAUGAAAAUGAGAGUAACUUGGAUCUAUGUGGGUUCAGGGGAUCAUCUACUAUUGGGGAUCCAUACUCUCCUAAUGCUAGAACACAAGCCUCCAUUCCAUAUGACAGUGGGCACAUAGCAAUGACCUACACGGCCAUAGCAUCGUUACUUAUACUAGGCGAUGAUUUAUCCAGGGUCAACAAAAAAGCAGUAUUAACUGGACUGAAGAAGCUACAACUUGAAGAUGGCAGUUUUCAGCCUACACCUGAAGGGAGUGAAAAUGAUAUGAGAUUUGUUUACUGCGCCUGCUGCAUCAGUUAUAUGCUCAAUGAUUGCAGUGGGGUGAACUUUGAAAAAGCUAUAGACUACAUCAGAAAAAGUUUAUCAUAUGAAGGAGCAUUUGGACAAGGGCCAGGAGGUGAAGCACACGGUGGGUCUACAUUCUGUGCUGUGGCAUCAUUGGUAUUGAUGGAUAAGCUGGAUGUGUUAUCACCUAGAGAAGUAGAAAAUCUUAAAAGAUGGUGCAUUUUGAGACAACAAUCAGGCUUCCAGGGGAGGCCAAAUAAACCUGUAGAUACCUGUUACUCUUUUUGGGUUGGAGCUACUUUAAAGCUGCUUGGAUGUUAUUCGUGGGUGGACUGUAAAUUGAACAGAACAUUUGUAUUGGGAACACAAGGCACAGUAACAGGAGGAUUUGCCAAGUGGCCAGAUAAUAGUCCAGAUGCUCUUCAUGCAUAUUUUGGUGUAUGUGGGUUGUCAUUAAUGGAAGAGGAAAGCAUACAAGCCAUGCAUGCUGCAUUGAACAUUAGUCAAUCUGCAGCUGAUCAUUUACAUAACCUACAUAAGCAAUGGACCCAAGGAGACAGCUAACAGUACACAUAACUGUCAAAGGUGACAGUGGAUCAGUCAAUCACUAUAUGAAUGGAAAGGACCAGGUAUGAUAUGACAGAUGAUUUGAGACAUGUGUUUUCCUGAUGAGAAAAUAGCAUGGAAUAUGUUGUUUUCACAUUAAUGGUAUUUCGACUCUUCUCUCUCUUUCAUGUGGUAAAAUUGAGGAAAAGAAUGUCCUCUUUUUAGAAAAUAAGUCCGACAUUUUGAAAAUUGUGCCAAAAUGGAGUCCUGUUUUUUUGAGAGUUAGAAGAGUGAUAUUUUUUAAAUGGGGAUAACUAAAAUAUGAACAAAAUGUAUAUUUUUAAUGAAAAUGUAAUGUUUAUGAUCAGAAUAUAGUAAUGGUUAAAGAUACCGUCUCAAAUGAUUUGCCACAUACCAUACCUGGUCUUGCAUAUAUGGAGACGUAAACUUGUGAAAUCCGCUAAAUUUAAUAGCCACAAAAUUGAACUCAAUACCUCAACAUUUUCACAAUCUCCAAGUGCAGGGUUAGGGAUUAUACAGUGACCCCAGUCACAGUGAAGUAACAGUCAAUAUGGAGAAAUUUCAAGUAACUUAGGUUUGUUCUGUUUUUGAAUGGUACAUAUACAUGUAUUCACUUAUUUGAAUAUAUAUGGAAAUCUCUGCUAAUGCGAUUAAAAAGCACUAAGCUGUACAGCUAAGAUUUAUCUUACAUACGUUACAAUAUCUCAAAAUUUCAGUUUGAUAAAUCUAAGCUAGAGACACAAGGACAAUAGUUUGUUUAUGUAGUAUAUGAGACAGUAUCUGUGUAAGUAUGUUUAUGAUAUGUGAAUUGUAAGUGCUGUCUGUGUUCAAUACCUCAUACUCAACAUUCUAAAUGUAUUUUGUAACAGUUAAAUAU